UUAGCAGUAAUCAGCGUAUACCCAGAAAUAUCUUGCCGAAUAUAGGUGUGUGAGGCUACGUAAUAUAAUGUAUGUAUACUUACACGUAAAACAUGCACUAAAAAGUGUUUGGUCAACAGUUUGCUAAUAACGUAAGCGGAGUUAAUUGAACCUGUACUGCUACCAUGCUUGCUGUUGCUACUUCUAUACCUCUCGUUAUAGUUUUAUGUGUUCUAAAAAUCCAAGGGGAACCAGACACGUACGCGGAAAUUAUCAAUAUUUGUUCCGAGUCUAAUCGAAAUCGGACAACGAGGGUCUCGAUACAAUGCAACGACUGUGACAGUUUGGAAGGCUACCAAGUAAAAGUGAGAGCAAUAUCCAGCAACCCUGAAGAACCGCAUGAGUUUACAGCUACCGUGGAAAACAAACGGCGAGACAACGUUAGAGUAAAGUUAAAGCGAACAGAUGCGGAUACAGGUUGGACGUCGAUGCCAAUAACGCUGAUAUUGGAAGAAAAUACGGAUAUUCGCAACUGUAAGCAAAUACACGAUCAUGGAAACCGAGAAAGUGGAAUAUACAAAGUUUAUUCAUCGAAUCAGAGAAAAUUGACAGUUUAUUGCGAUAUGGACACUGACGGUGGUGGCUGGACGGUGUUUCAACGUCGUGAAGAUGGCUCAGUUAACUUCUAUCGAAACUGGAAGGAAUAUAGAACUGGGUUUGGCGAACCAGACCAGGAGUUUUGGAUGGGUUUGGAUAACCUACACUACUUAUCUGGUGAAGAGAAAUACGAACUUCGUGUGGAAAUGAGGAAUUGUGUAAACGUCACGAAAUACGCUCAAUACAGCUCGUUUAAUGUCGGGCCUCCGCCAACGUUUACGUUAUCCGUGCAUGGCCACAGCGGAACAGCAGGAAACUCGCUCGCCAUACACAACGGACAACCUUUCUCAGCAUACGACAACGACCAAGACAUUUAUGGAUCAAACUGUGCGUUUCGUGAUAAAGGGGCAUGGUGGUAUAAAGGUUGCCAUCACGCCAACUUGAAUGGGCUUUACCAGCCAUGCAAGGUUGCCUGGACCUCGGCAUCUUGGUAUUCAUUUGAUGAUGAACAUCAAGGGUUGCGUUUUAUUGAAAUGAAAGUCCGGCCUUUGUAAAAUACGGAUCGGUUUCUUUUAAGCAAGUUUAAUGGAACUAAGAAACUUUUUGUAUAAAUCAAAACAUCGAAACGACAGUGUAUAUAACACAAUGUAAAUAAAAAAACCAUACAUAUACAAUAACACAAUCACCUGUACGUUUUGAAACUUGUAAGCUGGCAUGAGGUGUGAAACAACACUCAAUAUAUUAACUUGAUUAAAACAACGAAGACAUUUUUUCAGCAGUAAAACGACAGUUGUUAAAACAUACUAUGGGCAUAAAAACUUCUUGAGUUAAAUAUAUAAAUAAAAGCGAGGAUGGUAAACUUAGAUAAUAUUAAUCAGGUCUAAUAUUCCCACCAAUAUAAUUCGAUUCACGUCAAACUUUGCCAGCUAUGUUUCGUCUUAAACGAUUAAUGCAACUUAUUUACGUCAUUUAAAUUCCUAUAAGUGUACCUGCCAAACCACAAGUCAUAUUUCAGCCUCAGAUUAGUAAGACUUAUACCGCGUUUGUUUAUUUCGCUACCAGUCGGAUUGAAAUGCAAUAAGUAAGAAUCUUUUGCACGGAAUCUAAAAAUAAUUGCAAGGCCAAAACAGUCUUGACGUGUAAAUGACGUCAAUUAGUUAUCUUCCAAAACAGAAUACGCCGUGUAUGAUUAAUAGCCGGACAAUGGGGAUUACUUGGAAGCCGUUACAAAAAAUGCAAAGUCGACAUUAUUUUUUAAUCGUUCUAUAAACAAUAUAAAAACAACAUCUAUAUAAAGGUUCGUAUGGGAUAGUUAUUAUGUUGUCUAUAAACUCAUAUAUUUGGAGUACAAACUACCACGCGGUUUGCACCAAUAACAGUGUCAACCUGCA